UGGCAACCCGGUUUCCAAUCUCCUGCUUAUUCAUCAUGGCGUCUGAAUCUAACGAUGGUCGUAUCCAAAAAAUGGAAGUGGACUUCAGUUCUACUGUGGAAGAAAAAAUUCCUUUAUGCGAGACACUUGCUAAGCAAGGUAAACUGACAGAAGCUAUUGACAACUUAAUGUCUCUUGAGAAGCAGACAAGGACUGCUGCUGAUACACAUUCAACAAGUCGCAUAUUGGUUGCUAUUGUUAAAAUAUGCUUUGAAGCAAAAAGUUGGGAUGCCUUAAAUGAAAACAUUGUGCUUUUGACUAAAAAACGAGGUCAGAUUAAACAGUCCGUGACUAAGAUGAUUCAAGAGGCAUGUAGCUAUGUUGAAAAUACGCCAACAAAAGAAAUCAAGUUAAAACUCAUAGACACCCUCAGAUCAGUGACUGCUGGAAAGAUCUAUGUUGAGAUUGAAAGGGCAAGGCUGACCAGAACACUGGCUAAAAUUCGUGAAGAUGAGGGGGACAUAGCUACAGCAGCAAGUGUAUUGCAAGAGUUACAGGUUGAAACUUUUGGAUCUAUGGACAGAAAAGAGAAAGUUGAGUUCAUUUUGGAACAGAUGCGACUGUGCCUUGCCAAAAAAGAUUACAUCCGCACACAGAUCAUCAGCAAGAAAAUUAGCAUCAAGUUUUUUGAGGAUGCAGAUACUGUAGAUUUGAAAUUAAAGUUCUACCAGCUUAUGAUAGAGUUGGACCAGCAUGAAGGAUCUUAUCUGGCCAUCUGUAAACAUUACCUAGCCAUAUACAACACUGAACAAAUUAAAAAAGAUAAAGAGAAGAUGAAAGAAGCUUUACGCUGUGUGGUGCUGUACCUAGUCUUGGCUCCCUACGACAACGAGCAGUCUGAUUUACUGCACAGAGUUGCACAAGACAAAAAUUUAGAAGAAAUUACUUUUUAUCAAAAAUUUUUGAAGAAGUUUACAACAAACGAGAUAAUGAAUUGGACCUUUUUGUGUCGAGAUUAUGAGAAGGGACUUAAAACUGGAGACACUGCCACUUUUGUUUUUAGCACAAGUAGUAAGGUAGAAGGGGGCGAAAAGAGAUGGGCAGAUCUCAAGAACAGAGUUGUAGAACAUAACAUCCGAGUGAUGGCCAAGUACUACACAAGACUCAGGAUGCAGAGGAUGGCAGAACUGUUGGAUCUUUCAGAAAAUGAGACAGAAGAGUUCCUCUCCAACCUAGUGGUGAACAAGACAGUCCAGGCCAAAAUAGACCGUCUAGCUGGUGUGGUCAGCUUCAGCCAACAGAAAGAUCCCAACUCCGUGCUGAACGCCUGGUCUUGUCGUGUCUCUGAUCUUAUGCAGCUCAUCCACAAAACCAACCACUUGAUCAACAAGGAGAACAUGGUGCAUAGACUUGUACCCAGUUAAGUUUUAGCACAAUGGCACACUUUGUUCACCUGCCUACCACGCCUGGCUUCACACUAACUGGGGGGGGUUUCAAUUUCUGCAACAGAUCUUUGGAAUUCACUGUAAUGGCCUGCUGGUAGUACAUUUCAAUAGUAUUGUACAUUUGAUUCACAAAAUUGUUUGUUUAUUCAAAACUGAAUGAAUGGACAUAAAGAGUUAGUUGGCUGAUGGUUGCUGUAUAUGAUGUGUAUGCAGUGGCUCCUAAUUAGGACCUUAUGAAGAAAUGUGCUUGUCCAAUCUAGGCCGUAUUUGGUACACCAGUAAUUGUUGUUAGAUCUCAUAGUGGCAGUGGAAGAUUUCAUCAGAGUGCAGUUAGAUUUUUUUUAGGGUUCUAUUUGUGAUUGGUCUAUUUAUAAAUUCUAAGCUGUUAAGAAAUUGUUUUGCUUAUUACGGGAAAAUUUGUUAAUUGAUCA